AUGUUCAAGAGUUUGUCAUAUAUCAUAGUUCUUGCUGCGAUUUAUCUCUAUUUUACAAAGGAAAGGGCUGAAGACAUUAAUUCGAAAAUACAGGAUGUAUUAGAUAAGGAAUAUGACUAUAUUGUAGUCGGAGCAGGAUCAGCAGGUGCUGUUAUAGCAAGUAGACUGUCAGAAGACCCAAACACCAAAGUGUUACUCCUAGAAGCUGGAGAAGCAUCAAACCCUCUCACAAAGGCACCGCUUGGCUUCACGCUUCUUCAACGAACUAGCAUGGACUGGGAAUACAAAACGGUUCCACAGAAACAUUGUUGCAAAGGCUUGGAAAACUCGCAAAGUAAAUGGACGCGUGGCAAAUUACUUGGAGGUUGCAGUGCACAUAAUGGCAUGCAAUACACGCGUGGUAGUAAAUAUGACUAUGACAUGUGGGCAGAACUGGGAAACACAGGGUGGAGCUACAAAGAUGUACUUCCAUAUUUCAAGAAAUCUGAAACACAGCUUGAUCCAAAAUUAAGCAAAUCAAAAUACCAUGGUACCUCGGGGCCUUUGUACGUAUCGACAGUGGAUGAAGUUGAAUGUGUAAAGUAUGUUUAUGAUGCAGCGGUUGAAGCAGGGCUCAAGACUACAGAGGAUUACAAUGGCGAAGAUCAAUUGGGCUGGAACCCAACUCAAGUAAAUGUAGAUGCCAAUGGAGAGAGGUCUAGCACCGCAACUGCCUUCUUAGAGCCAAAUAUGAACAGAAAAAAUCUACAUGUAGGGACAAAAGCUCACGUCACAAAAGUUCUCCUAGAAGGCAAGAAGGCAGUGGGUGUGACUUACGUGAGGGACCUGGUCAAGAAAAGUGUGAAAGCAAGAAAAGAAGUUAUAAUAUCUGGAGGUGCCAUUGGAUCACCUCACAUUCUCUUACUGUCUGGAAUAGGACCUAAGAAACACCUUGAAGAGCUAGGAGUACCCGUAGUGGCAGACCUACCAGUUGGGGAAAACAUGGAGGAUCAUCCUACAGCAGACUUGCUGACAUUCUUUACCAAAGUUGAUGCCAUUACAGAAAACCAAGCGUUAUCUUUACUUGAAACCUUAAAGUAUAAACUCUUUGGAACAGGUGUAUGGAAGAAUCCAAUAGCAGACAUGAUGUACUUCAUGAGAUCUCCUUACCAGCCAGAUGAUCACAAAUUCCCAUACAUCCAGUUUCAUGUCUUUGGAGCAUUAUGGGGAGGUGGCAAAGGAACGGAUUAUGUAAAAGACAAUAUGGGAUAUACUGAUGAGGUGUGGAAUGCAUUAUACCCAGAUGAGCAAAUGGACGGAAAAACUGGAACCGGUGUCCUUGUCACAUUGCUCCAUUCAGCUACCAAUGGUACAAUUAGGCUUCAGAGCACGGACCCAUUUGAUCAUCCAUUGAUUGAGCCCAACUACCUCAAAAAUUCAGUUGAUGUGAAACAUUUGAUGACAGGAAUAAAGUUAUGGACAGAAAAACUUGCAAAAACAGAUGCAUUCAAAAGGGGAGGCUUUGAACUCAAUAGAAAUCACCAUCCGUUAUGUAAGACUCAUCGAUUUGGCACCGAUGCUUACUGGGAUUGUUUCAUAAGAGCAAACUUGUGGACUACAUACCAUCCAACGUCAACAUGCAGAAUGGGACCAGAAACUGAUAAGAACUCAGUCGUAGACCCACAGUUAAGAGUGAAAGGGAUUGAGAAUCUGAGAGUUGCAGAUGCAUCCAUUAUGCCUCAUGUCGUAUCAGGCAACACCAAUGCGCCAUCUAUUAUGAUUGGAGAGAAGGCUGCAGAUUUGAUUAGACAGUCUUAA